AUGCUGCCCGAGGAACCUGGGCCAUCAAGCUCGCUCCUAUUAUUUCAUCAAUUCAUUGGAUGUUCUGGGAGUCAGCUGCAGACUCUUGAGAUCCGCAUAACUGAGGACUCCAUGGAACCAGAUCAACUGUUCUCAUACCUUCCCCAGCUUCGCAAAUUAGGUCUCUUCUUUCUGGAAGACAAUGACAAGGAUCCGUCAAGGUUUUUCAAGUGCCUCAGUGAUACAGGUGCAGUGCUCCCCAGUUUGUCUGACCUUGGACUGCAUGUAGGCAAGAUAUUCAUGUGGGAUGAGUCUUUGGUUGAGAUUAUCGAUAAGCGAUGGCGAGAUUCAGGGCUGUCUCGGGUUUGCAUUCAGUGUGAUGAAGCUUGUGUAGGGGAGAACGGUGACCAGGCUGCUCAAACCUUGUCAUGCAUUGAUCAUCUGAAAUCGUUGAAAGCAGAAGGAUUGGAUAUCUCCAUCUUGGUUAAAGGAAGUAAUGAGAUUUGGUAUGACCUACUCGAGGACGAUGCUCAUAAUAAUGUUCUAUAUUCCACUGUCUAUUGA